AUGCAGCCGCUGGGCAAACCGUCCACGCAGCACGCACUCACACAACAACACCGUCAGUCAGGCAGAGUCGGUCCGCAGCUCAGUGUGCCCACGCAACGGAGUGGCUCUCGCAUCACGCAUUGCCAUGGCACGGGAGAAGAGAACACCCUACUGGAGAUGCCACGCCAACACCACAGCAGCCAUGCAGCACACAGCAGUGAGGCCAGAAACAUAAUUGCACGAACAGCACCACCACACACACAGACGUCACUCCCAGACGCCACACGCACAGACGCACAACGUGCACAGGCCGCACUUGACGCAGCCGAACACACCGGAGGCAACAAGAGCAAAGGCGGUGAAAUGGAGGGAAAACACCACAGCUGCACAUCAUCCCAGCCGCACAGGGACACCUGCACUGCUGCGCCGCUCAACAUCACUCACCCACCCUAG